ACCAACUCUCCAUACUAUCCACCUGCCAACCCAACAUCUAACCUAAACCCAGUACUUAUCAUGUUAUUGGAACAAACAGGCAGCACAACUGCCAGGACUAACGAAACAAUGAACUUGUGCGUAGAGACCAUGCCCAACCCAAAGCGAGCAGAAAGAUGCCGGCAUAACUUUAUACAGUGGCUGAAAGAUGGUUUGAGUAAGUAGAAUGAGACUUCGCAAAAUUAAAUACUUCCGAACUAUGAUACAUAAAUAAAAAAUAAAAAUGCAUUGAAAUAAUUCUGUAAUAAAUAAUAAUACAAAAAAAACAAAAAAACUCUACAUACAAAAUAGAAACUAUGUUACAAAAAUGAUGACUUGAGAUAGUAGAAACUAGGUGGUAAAGCAACUUUCAUUGCGACUUAAAUACAAUCAAGUAGGCAGCUCCGAUAUACAGUUCAAAUCAUCUGCUAUGAGUCUUGGUUCCAUUCUUUCUGACAUAAUGUUUUUCAAUCAUCAUAUUUGUUAACAUAUGUCACUAUGCGUACACCUCUAUCCGUCAGAACAGUGCCACCUGCCAUUACCUCACAUUUGGCACAACAAUGACACUAGUAUGUGCUCGUGUUCCCUUUCGUUUUGAUCAUCGUUACUCUCAUCUGUUAGUUUCACCAAAAAAUUUCAUAGAAAAACUGCAGAAAGUUAAAACUCAGCUGAUGGGAUAGUUCUAAAGGAAAAGAAACCUGACCACGUCACACCAGGACUUCACUCACUUCAUUGGCUCCCUUACACAGGCACGCAUUGACUACAAGCUGUCUGUUCUCUGUUACAACCUUUUCCCUGGUUUCUGGCCUUCUUAUCUCACUGAACUUCUUUCUGUCUAUUAACCGCUUCGACAGCGUCGUUCCUCCGCAGACUCGCGUAUUCUUCCGAUCCCAGAAUACUCACUAAAACAUACGGUGGACGACCUUUCUCUUUCUGCGCCCCAAAACAAUGAAAUUCUCUCCCAUUAGACAUCCGCCAUAUACCGACCGCCCUAGCCUUCAAAACUUCUCUCAAGUUACAUCUAUGUCUCUCAAGUUACAUCUACGUCUCUCAAGUUACAUCUACGUCUCUCAAGUUACAUCUCUUUAAACGAUUCCGACUCAUUCUCACAGCCCCGCUUACCGCUCAACAAUAUUCGAUGCUGCUUGGUGCCGUCCAUGGCGAGGCACGGGUCAGUAGUGCUUGCGUGGGUUGGUCAAUAUUUUUACAAAGCUGAUUUUAAAUGAAGAAUUUUAUGAGACUGCCUUUUUUUUCAUGUGUCUUUUUUCUUCUUCUUCUUCUAUAUCUUAAGGGCCCACGAUCAAUUUAUUGAUCAUUUUGGCUCCUAUGCAUGUAGAUGGGAUUUGCAAUGUUUCUGUUACUGGCGUUGAUGAGGAAAUCAUGCUAAAUAUUAUGUGAAGCGACGUGAACCUAGCCCUAGCUGGGGUACCGCAAUAUAUAAGAGCACUCGAAUUAUAAUGAUUCUAAUCAUUUAAUGGCAUGUGGAAAUGUAUGGAUUUCACUAGAGCAAUGAGUAUGUAGAAAUGCCUGACAUUGGGGCAUAAAAAGCAUAGCCUAAUGCUUGAAUUUUAUCAAUACCCCCAUUCUUUGUUUUUUAUCUGCAUAAUGUUUUAAUGUUCCAUGGAGAUGUGGAGUUUGCGAUUUGCAUAGCAUCAACGCUCCUACUGUGAUGUAGUUACUUCCCGGACAUUCCAGGUGCUGACUCAUCCAGAUCAUCCUUGAAUACUUAUGGCAUCUCCUGUAUAAAUGUGUCUGAAUGGGCGCUUUAAAGGGCGUGGUUUUCCUCGUGUUUUUGCUAGUCCUCCAGGCUCCAACAAUGACCGACAAUUGCACGUAUCUAUAUACUUCAGAUCUGGUUGGUCUUCAAGUCUACUAUACAAAAGGGGCUUCACUUUACGAGAGAUUCAGGACCUGCACUGAGAGCUUUAUUUGUGAUAACGACUGCACAGAGAAAUUCAAUAGAUGUAAGCAGAAAUAAUUAAAGUUAAAUGAAGUAAAAAUACAUUAACUGUUUCUCUCUGAAACUCACCCUAAAAUCUUUCCUCAUACGAGUCUUCCUAUUUCCAUUCGUAACAUCUUCCUAUGCCUAACAUUCCAUUAUCCCAUAACCCACCUCAGCUGCCCCUCCAGGACAACCUCAUUCCAAUGACAUGAUCUCCACCACUCCCAUCUCCAUCUUUGGCGCUAGGCUAUUCCCAAAGCUACACCUCCAUUUUAACGCGACCACCCUAGACCCUCAUGCAAUACUUCGCCUAGAAACAUUAUCGAUCGGCUCACAGAUUACUAAACGAAUUUUCUCUACAUCCGGUGUUUCUCCUAUGUUUUCUUUGAGCCCAUUGACACAUUUUUAAAUAUAUUUUUUGGGGGGAGGGAGGGGAGUAGAGAACCUUCCCUCUCCUGUCCGAAACCAUAACAGGGCAUUCUCGAACCACUAUUUUGGGCGACUGAAGUGGAGAUAAUAACCAUAUUAAUUGUAAAACAUUAAAAAAUAUUUGUACCUGCAAUCAAAGUAAAGGCUGAUUUAGAUUUCUUUUUUCUUUUUCUUUUAAAUUGUUUACUUGAUACUCACAAAGCUUAUUUAAAGGUGUUGCGCGUAAAAGAAUGACCCACUUCACAUUAUUACGCGCAAACUUUUAAUUGGGUUUUUUAAAACAUCGCUUUUAAAAGUCAUUUUAAAUCGAAAAUAAAAAAUAUAAAUUAGGAAACUCGUCCAAUAUAAAAUACAAAGCAAGCGUUAUGUUUUUUUUCUUCUAUUCUUCUUCUAUGAUGCCAUUUUACCCCGUCUGUAGGACGUCCACAAGAAUUUUCCAUUCAUCACGGUCCUGUGCCUUCCCUUCCAGUUGCUUCCAGGUGUAUCCCAUAUUGUGUGUGUCUAACUCUAGCUCGCGACUCCAUGUAUUCUUUUGCCUUCCUCUCUUUCUUUUUCCUUGUGGAACAAUGUUAUACACUGACUGGUGGUAAUAUCUGGGAAUUUCGGACAGUAUGCCCUAUCCAACACCAUUUUUCUCUUUAUCAUGUCUUCAUCAAUGGGCACCUGAUAAGUCCUUUCCAUUUGAUCUUUGUUAGUGAUGGUAUUUUGCCGUUUGAUGUUCAGGAUCUUUCUAAGGCAUGUGUUUAUGUAGGUCUGUACUUUCUGCGUAAUCCUCGCUUUGUUUUCCAAGUUUCAGCGUUAUGUUUGUCUUCAAUUUUUUUUUCUUUUUUUUUUUUUUUUUUUUUUUUUUUUUUUUUUUUUGUUUUUUUUUUUUUUUUUUUUUUUUUUUUUUUUUUUUUUUUUUUUUUUUUUUUUUUUUUUUUUUUUUUUUUUCAUUCUUUGUUUUGGGUUCUAUAUGUUUAGUUUUUCAAGCGAAUGAACUCAUAAAAGGACGUUUGAAUUCAAUGGGAAAUGACCAGAAAGACCUCGAUUUUUAUGUCAACUUUCGAUUCACUGGAGUUACUGACAAAAAACUAAUGGUUCAUUGCUGUUCGAAUUAUUUACGAAAGUAAGUAUAACACACUUUUACUUUUGUUUGACGUAUGGCUAUUCAAGCAAAUGAAUCGGAUUAUUUGUAAGAAAUAACAAAACACAUUUGAAUUGAAAUCAGAAAAAAGUUUUACAUUUGAGAUGCUAAUAGAAAGAUCACCAAAGUCAGUAUCUUCGGAGGCAGCUUCAGUGGGCGCGCCAAGGAAUGGAUGAGCUUACAAAAGCUCAAUAGAAGAAUUCAACGACGGUGUGCGGGGGGGGGGGGGGCGGGGGGGGCAGCUUAUAGAGACCUCAAAAAAGAGAUUUGUAAAGGACGAUACCUUUGUAUCGAAAAAAUAUAAAUAUAUACAAAAUAUUUUUUUUUCUCCUUUCCGGGAUGACGACGACUUUAACAAUGUUAUUAGCCAAAUCCCUGUUUUUAAAUCAGAUAUUAAGUUCCAACCGUAGUCGAUGUAAUCCUUAUGUGAUUGAAGUUCAUAAUAACCCCUGCCAUGUUGACAUAUUCAGAGCUGACGAUGGUUUUACUUGCACAGCUUGCAAUGUGAUUGACGCAGUCAUUUGUAAAACGUACGGAUUAUGCUCUGUAGAGGAGACAGGUCGUCGCCUUGUAGAACAUUUUGCAGAACACCUGUACAGUAUAAAUAAACAAGGCCUCGGUGUCGUUUUUUGAAACAGGUCAACAGUCCUAACCCCAAUGGGAUGUCUGACGUUGCAGUUAUGAUUGUUGUUUUGUGAGCAGUACAACUGAAAGGGUUAAAGAAAAAAGCAAAUUCAUCGAAACUUGGUACUUUGUCUCCAAACGGCAUUCACCAAAGUCCGCGCUUUUACACGGCUGCUUAGAUUUGGUUCUUUAAUGUACUUCCACCCAAUUUCUUCUUUUUUUUAAGAAAGUGGAUGGAGGUACAUUUUAAAACCAAAUAUAUAUAUAUUAUAUAUAUAUAUAUUUAAAAUUAUUGUUAAACUAAAAUUUGUUGAAAAAUUGUAAACCGAUAUUCAUCAGUCACUUCUUGUCAAAAAAGGUUGUUUUUUAAAAUUUAUUUGUGUGCUUUUUUAAAUUGUAUUUUUAUUAGUGGUUUUUAUUAUUAUUAUUAUUAUUAUUAUUAUUAUUAUUAUUAUUAUUUGGUGCUGUUUUUCUAAUUUUUGUCUGUUAUUUUUAAAAUUGCGUGUUUUUUUGUUUUUGUUUUUUUGUUUCGUGCCAAAUCCAUUUCACUCAUUUAAUCGACUUAUUCAUGUUUAAAUUAAAUUAUUAUUUUAACGAGUAUCUUAAUUUUUUUUUUUUAAAAAAGGAAAUUUGAAUACCGGCCCACGCCUGGAAAUGAUGCCGUCCUAAACUACGUCGGUCUGGUUUUCCCAGAAACCUAUCUCUCAAGGAUGACGCUCGAAAUGUCGGGACCUGUAACUGCGUUACAAGGGAACUUUUAAACACUUAACACAA